AUGGAGCCGGAAAUCCUAGAGACGGACCACACGGUCGCGGUUGAAAAGCCGACUAGCCUGUCUGCAUUGACCAAAGACUGGGAUGACACUGUUCGGUUCUACCUCAACGGCGCCAAGGUCGCAGUAGAUACGAUCAACCCGGAAGUAACUCUACUCGAAUACCUGCGGGGUAUUGGGUUGACAGGCACAAAGCUUGGGUGUGCCGAGGGAGGCUGUGGUGCUUGCACCGUGGUCGUCUCCCAUAUCAAUUCUUCAACGAAAAAGAUCUACCAUGCCUCCGUGAAUGCCUGCAUUGCUCCACUCGUUAGCGUUGACGGUAAGCACGUUAUUACAGUUGAAGGGAUUGGGAAUGUGAAGGAUCCCCACGCCAUCCAGCAGCGGAUUGCGGUCGGUAAUGGAAGUCAAUGUGGUUUCUGCACUCCUGGAAUAGUCAUGUCUCUUUAUGCCCUGCUGCGAAACAACCCGUCUCCCUCGGAGCACGACGUCGAAGAAGCCUUCGAUGGAAACCUUUGCCGUUGCACGGGUUACCGACCUAUCCUGGAUGCUGCUCAAAGCUUCAACUCAACCAACAACUGUGGAAAGCCCUCUGCUGGUGGAUUGGGCUGCUGCAUGGAGAAAAAAGGCCCCGGUGGCUGCUGUAAAGGUUCUAAGGAUGGUGAGAACGAGAUAGUCGAUUACAAAUUUCCUGCACCGGAAUUCAAGCCGUACAGUCCAGACACAGAGUUGAUCUUCCCUGCAGCCCUACGGAAACACGAAUACCGACCCUUAGCAUUUGGCAACAGGAAGAAGAAGUGGUACCGACCAGUGACCGUCGCGCAACUGUUGCAGAUUAAGAAUGUCCACCCAGACGCAAAACUAGUCGGUGGAAGCACAGAGACUCAGAUUGAGAUCAAGUUCAAGGCAAUGCAAUACGCUGUCUCCGUCUACCUGGGAGAUAUCCCAGAAUUGCGAAAAUUCACCUUGCACGACGAUUUUCUGGAGAUCGGUGCAAACGUAUCUUUAACCGACCUCGAGCACAUCUGUGACCAAGCGGUAGAGAAAUACGGCGAUGCUAGAGGCCAACCUUUCAAAGCGAUCAAGAAACAGUUGCUCUAUUUCGCUGGGCGACAGAUCCGAAAUGUCGCUUCCCCGGCGGGUAACUUGGCCACUGCAUCACCCAUCUCUGAUCUUAACCCGGUUUUGGUAGCCACCAACACCAUUCUCGUGGCUAGGUCUCUCGAAGGUGAGACUGAGAUUCCAAUGACCGAAUUCUUUCAAGGAUACAGAAAGACUGCCCUCGCUCCCAACGCAAUCAUAGCUAGCUUGCGCAUUCCCGUGGCGAAGGCACAUGGAGAGCACAUGCGAGCCUACAAACAGGCUAAGCGGAAGGACGAUGAUAUUGCCAUUGUCAACUCCGCGUUACGUGUGACUCUUUCUGGUGCUAAUGAUGUGAUUAGCUCCAACCUUGUGUUUGGUGGUAUGGCGGCUAUGACCGUCUCAGCGACGAAUGCCGAGGAAUUUUUGGUUGGCAAAAAGUUCACGAACCCUGCAACCCUAGAGGGUGUCAUGAGCGCACUGGAGCAGGACUUCAACCUGCCUUUUGGAGUUCCUGGUGGCAUGGCUAGCUACCGAAGGUCUUUGGCUCUAGGAUUCUUUUACAGAUUCUAUCACGAUGUACUUUCAGGACUCGAUGUUAAGGCUUCGGAUUUAGAUCCAGAUGUUGUUGCUGAGAUCGAAAGAGCAAUUUCCACAGGAGCAAAAGAUCUUGAAACUUCUGUCGCCUAUCAGCAGAAGAUUCUUGGACGAGCGACCCCGCAUGUCGCUGCGUUGAAGCAGACCACGGGAGAGGCUCAAUACACAUAUGAUAUUCCUGUGCAACAGAAUGAGUUAUUCGCCUGCAUGCUUCUGUCUACCAAGCCUCAUGCCAAGAUCCUCAGCGUGGACCCGUCCGCUGCAUUAGAUAUUCCUGGUGUUACAGACUACCCGAUUGGUGUGAUUCUCGCGACUUCCGCUAAGAUCGCCGAGGAAGGUAUGAGGGCUGUCAAGGUUGAAUACGAAGAUCUCCCGAGCAUUUUUACAAUUGAAGAGGCUAUCGAGGCAGAGUCUUACUUUGAGCAGUAUCGCUACAUUGAGAAUGGUGAUACUGAAGAAGCUUUCAAGCAAGCUGACCACAUCUUUACUGGAACCUCGCGAAUGGGUGGCCAAGAGCACUUCUACCUGGAAACUCAAGCCUGUGUGGCAAUUCCAAAGAUAGAGGAUGGUGAAAUGGAGAUUUGGAGUGGUACCCAGAAUCCUACCGAAACACAAGCCUACGUCGCUCAGGUGACCGGAGUUUCUGCGAAUAAAGUUGUAUCGCGUGUGAAGCGACUUGGUGGUGGCUUUGGUGGCAAGGAAUCGCGAUCUGUUCAGCUAGCCGCUAUUUGUGCCACUGCCGCUGCAAAAACAAAACGACCCGUGCGAUGCAUGCUCAACCGAGAUGAAGAUAUACUGACUUCCGGUCAGCGUCACCCGUUCCUCUGUCGAUGGAAGGUGGGUGUGACCAAAGAUGGAAAACUCCUUGCGCUGGAUGCAGAUGUAUUUGCCAAUGGAGGUCACACUCAAGAUCUUUCUGGCGCUAUAGUGGAGCGAAGCUUGUCGCACAUUGAUGGCGUGUAUAAAAUUCCGAAUGUCAGUGUGCGCGGCCGGAUCUGCAAAACCAAUACUGUUUCAAACACAGCUUUCCGUGGCUUUGGAGGUCCACAAGGCCUGUUCUUCGCCGAGUGUUAUAUAUCAGAGAUUGCAGAUCAUCUGGACAUUCCGGCCGAAGAGAUCCGAGCCAUCAACAUGUACAAGUCAGAUGACACAACACAUUUCAACCAGCCGCUCAAAGAUUGGUAUGUGCCAUUGAUGUACAAGCAAGUGCUAGAGGAGAGUUCUUAUAACGAGCGUCGGAAGGCUGUCGAGGAAUACAACACGCGGCACAAGUGGUCCAAACGUGGAAUGGCGAUUGUGCCAACCAAGUUCGGUAUCUCUUUUACAGCUCUCUUCUUGAAUCAAGCAGGAGCUUUGGUUCACAUAUACCACGAUGGCAGUGUCCUCGUAGCACACGGUGGCGUUGAAAUGGGACAAGGCCUCCACACAAAGAUGACCAUGAUCGCCGCAGAAGCGCUGCAAGUGCCACAGGCGAGCGUCUUCAUCUCCGAGACCGCAACUAAUACAGUGGCCAAUACCUCCGCAACCGCUGCUUCAGCAAGCUCCGACCUCAACGGCUACGCCAUAUUCAAUGCCUGUGAACAAAUCAACGAACGCCUACGUCCUUUCCGUGAAAAGAUGCCCAACGCCACCAUGAAAGAACUUGCCCACGCAGCUUACUUCGACCGUGUCAACCUCUCCGCACAAGGAUACUACCGUACCCCCGAUAUCGGCUAUGUUUGGGGCGAGAACAGCGGCCAGAUGUUCUUCUACUUCACACAAGGUGUCACCGCAGCCGAAGUCCAGAUCGACACGCUGACCGGUGAUUGGACUCCUCUACGCGCCGAUAUAAAGAUGGAUGUGGGUCGCAGUAUAAACCCGUCAGUAGACUAUGGCCAGAUUGAAGGCGCCUUUGUGCAAGGACAAGGACUCUUCACAACCGAAGAAAGUCUCUGGCACCGUGCCUCCGGUCAAAUAUUCACCAAAGGCCCGGGUAGUUACAAAAUCCCUGGCUUCCGUGAUAUCCCUCAGAUUUUCAAUGUGAGUUUGCUUAAGGAUGUGGAGUGGGAGAACUUGCGCACCAUUCAACGCUCUCGUGGUGUCGGCGAGCCGCCCUUGUUUAUGGGCAGUGCGGUUUUCUUCGCUAUUCGUGACGCCUUGAAGGCUGCACGUAAGCAGUGGAAUGUGAAUGGCGUACUCUCUUUGGAAUCACCUGCUACACCUGAGCGUAUUCGGAUUAGCUGCGGUGAUCCGAUUAUCGAGAGGGUGAGAGUGCAGCCCAAGGAAGGGGAGAAGAGCUUCUUUGUUGCCAUAUAG